AAUCAUAACUGUCACCAGUGUCAGUGUCAGUCGCGCAUAUUGUUAUCCUUCUUCCUUCUUGUCCAUUGUGUUAGUAUCAUAGAUAAGGCUAUUGUUUCAAAAAAAUAUUAGGAAUAUUAUAUUCAGGAAUAUAGAAGAAAUCUUUGAACUCAUCUUAAAAUGCUAGAAGUAACAUGCAAUGAUCGUCUUGGCAAGAAAGUGAGAGUAAAAUGUAAUCCAGACGAUACAGUUGGAGACUUGAAGAAGCUAAUAGCUGCACAGACUGGGACACGGCACGACAAAAUAGUGUUGAAGAAGUGGUACACAGUAUUUAAGGACCACAUCAAACUGUCUGACUAUGAAAUACACGACGGCAUGAACCUGGAGUUAUAUUAUCAAUAAAAGAAAAAAUAAUAUUUAUAAUUUUAAUUUAAGUAAAAUACUUUUUAACAA